GCUGACAGGGUAACUAUUUUCUCUCUCGAUCCCAAAUCUCUCGCUCCACUGUACAACCUCACGCCCCACCAACCCCAACUUUUACGCGCCAGAAAUGGCCGCCCAACCGACACUCCCAGUCUCUAACUCUCAACCCAACGCUCAGUCCCAACCACCGAUCGCCACCCCAGCCUUCCGCGCGUUCAUUUCACGCUUGUCCUCCUUCAUCCGUCACGGCUUCUCUCAACGUCGGCCAUGGUACGAACUUGUAGACCGAAGCGCCAUGGCCCGGCCCGAUUCCCUCUCCGAAGCCUACUCUCGGAUACGGAAAAACCUCUCCUACUUCAAAGUCAACUACGUUACCCUACUCGUUCUCGUACUCGCUUUCUCUCUCUUAUCACAUCCUUUCUCUCUCCUCGUCCUUCUUUGCCUCUUCGGCGCAUGGAUGUUCCUCUACCUUUUCAGACCGUCGGAUCAGCCUCUGGUCAUCUUCGGUCGUACGUUCUCUGAACGCGAAACGCUUGGAGUGUUGGUUUUGUUGACGAUUGUCGUCGUGUUCUUGACGACGGUUGGAUCUUUGUUGAUCUCGGCGUUGAUGAUCGGAGCUGCGAUUGUGUGUGCACAUGGAGCUUUUAGGGUCCCUGAGGAUCUGUUCUUGGACGACCAAGAGCCGGUUAACUCUGGAUUCCUAUCCUUCCUCGGCGGCGCCGCCGCCUCAGCUGCCGCCCCUGCCGUCGCCGGACGUGUCUGAAACUGUCGUUCCGGCGUAUCACGACUUCAACGUGUAUGGUUAAUCCAUGAUUUUUUUAGGCAGGAAUCGGGGUAGGAUUUUUGUAACGUUUGGAUGUUUUUGUUUUUCAUUUGUAUGGUUUCAGUUUUGCUAUUGAAAUGCAAGAUAUUAAUUUUAAGGGAAAUGGUUCAAAUGAAAUCAAUCUGAGUCAUUCAAUUUAUGGGGCCUA